GCCUCAUUGUGAUGGUUUAAUUACAUUUAGCAUUUACAUUGAAUUAAAAUAGCCAUGUUCUUGUGAUGCUUGUAAAUACGAAUCUUACUUGCUCCACCCAAGUACGAGGCCGAUCUUGGGAAAUAUGUAAUUUGGAGCGCGCACGGUGGUGGUAGCAACCUUCUUAUUAUAGCGCAAUGGCAGAAACACAUCAGCAAACGAUACGUGGAUUCUCAUUGAAUAAUUGUUUGGCUCGUGGCUGGGUGAAAGCCCAUGAUGACACACAUUUACAAACCGCAUAAGAGGACAGAUGACUCGACACGAACAGAAUCAUUUUAAUGGGACACAGAGAUAUGCUUCUUUUUGUUUGUUUGUAUUUGCUGACUACUGAAUGAAUCAUUGAUCACGGACUGCUAGUUAGCUUGUCGCGCGUUAGCAGGUAGAUAGUCCGGAAUUUCUGGCCAGCAGGAUUGCCUAGGUCCUAUAGGUAUUUGGAUUGGCUGUUGUUGUAACUAUAGCAUACUAGGCUUGGAUACAACAAUCAGGUCAAUUCUAGCUACAUUCAACCAUUCCAUGUUUACUCGGAGGUGUAUCAAAUUGGCUGGCUAGUUAACGAGCUAGCUAGCCAACCACACUGAGUCGGACUGGAUUAUAAUAUUCCACGUUGCUAGCUACUGUAUUGUUUCCCUCCAGGAAUGUGGAUUUAUUUUACAUUGCGUGUUUAAUAGAACAUUAACAGUACCUAGCUACUUAGCUAUAGAUAUCUUUGGCCCAAUUCCUUUGGAACUUUACGCCGAGAUUUCCCUCAACAGCUAUAUUUAUAAACGAAUUAAUUUAAACCUACUAUAGCUAGCUAGUGUUUUUCGAUUUGGAAAAUGGAUGCGGGUAUUGAAAAGGAAUGCAGCGCUCUUGGAGGGCUCUUCCAGAUCAUCAUGAACGACAUGAAGGCUAGUUAUCCAGCCUGGGAGGACUUUGUAACCAAAGGAGUUAAGCUGCAAUCCCAGCUAAGGGCAACCAUCAUCGUCACAAGCUCCUUCCUGGAUGCCUUUCAGAAGGUGGCAGAUAUGGCGACUGGAACAAGAGGGGCGACAAAAGAGAUUGGCUCAGCCUUGACGAGAAUGUGCAUGAGGCACAGAAGCAUCGAGUCCAAACUGAAGCUCUUCACCACGGCACUAACAGAUACCCUGAUCAGCCCCCUGGAGCUGAAGAUUGAGGAGUGGAAGAAGGUGGCCAGUCAGUUGGACAAGGACCAUGCCAAAGAAUACAAGAAGGCCAGAGCAGACAUAAAGAAGAAAUCCUCAGAUACAAUCAAGCUGCAGAAGAAGGUUAAGAAAGGAAAGGACGAGGUGCGCGGGCAGCUGGACAACGCCCUGCAGGAGGUGAACGUGCGCUAUGCUGUGCUGGAAGAGACUGAGAAGAGGGCAGUGUGCCGGGCGCUCAUCGAAGAGAGGGGCCGUUACUGCGCCUUUGUCAGCAUGCUCAAACCUGUGCUGGAUCAUGAGAUCAGCAUGCUGGGAGAAGUGACCCACCUGCAGACCAUCCUGGAAGACCUGAGCAACCUGACGGCCGAGCCCAGCAAACUGCCCCCCGCCAGCGAACAGGUGAUCCUGGAUCUAAAGGGAUCCGAAUACAGCUACAGUUAUCAGACGCCCCCUGCCUCCCCCAGCAACACGAUGUCCCGCAAGAGCAGCAUCAGCAGUAACUACAACUCUGUUCGAUACGUCCCCUCUCUGGACUCCAUCGCCACCUCGAUGGACAGCAUUCACCUCUGCCUGCCCUCCAUGGACCCAGCACAGGAGUUGAGCAGGCCGUGGUCGGGGCAGAUCGGACCGGGCACAGAGAAUGGCAUGGCCAAGCCCCCUCCACACAACUCCUACACACAGCACGGAGAGAGAGCACGCACCAUGUCCACAUCCGGAAAGCUGGCCCUGACCCUGGGCGUAGGGCUCAACUCGGAGGCCCCCCACACCAGUCGCGACUCCCUCCACUGCUCUAGUGGCUACAGCACGCAGACCACCACGCCCUCCUGUUCCGAGGACACCAUUCCCUCCCACGCUGUAAAGAAAGAACCUCCUCUUUAUGACUACGACUACAUCUCCCUGCACGGGGGCGAGGAGUUGCACCGCAGCCCGCCCGACUUCGACAAGUCCUCCACCAUCCCUCGCAACAGCGACCUCAGCCUGCAGUACCGCAAGAUGUUCCAGAGCAAGCGGCCCGCCUCGACCGUCAGCCUGCUCGCUGAGCCCGAGCCGCUGGGCCUGCGCCAGACGCACACUGCCACCAUCCGCCGCAAGCCCUCAUCCAAGCCCACCUACCGCCGUGGCACCAUCAGUGGCGGCGUACCUAUCCCUAUCUGCACCCCCCAGGUUCCCUUCAAAGCCUUGGGCGGAGGUGGAGGUGGAGGUAACGGUGGUGGAGGGGGGAAGAGCGGGAGCGACGAGAACGUGGGGCCUCCAGAGAGCAGUGUGGGGAAGGGCGUGAUUGGCAUGAGCAGAACGGUGGACCACGAGUUGGUCCUCGACAAGCACAGUCUGUGCACUUCCACCCAGAGCCUGAGCGCCAUGCCCUCGCACCACUCAUCAUCCACGUCGCCCUACUACUCUCUGAUCCCGGGCCAGGCGCCAGUGCCCAUGGGCAGCUCAGAGCAGCUGUACCAGCUGAGCAAGCAGCAGCAGUAUGCCCUGCACCAGCAGCAGCAGAAGCAGUACCAGCAUCAGCACCUACAGUACAACCAGCAGCAGCAGCAGUUCCAGCCACCCCAGACACAGCAGUUGCAACCAGCAGCCCAGACGCAACAGCAAUUUCAACUACAGCAACAGUUCCAGCAACAACAACAACUACAGCAACAGUUACAACAGCAGCAGAUGCAACAACAGCAGUACCAGCAGACACAACAACCGCAACAGCAGAAGCUCCAAUAUCAAAAGCAGCUGCAGCAACAGCAGCUCCUACAACAACAGCAGCAACAGUUUCAGCGGCAGUCUCAUCUCCCACAACAGUACAACGCGUCUGGGACUGCCAACCAGCUGGUGGAAAGCGGCCACUGCCCUCCCCCCCAGCAGCCCCCUGCCGCCCCAGACACCCAGGACGCAGAUGAGCCCUCGGGUGGUGGAGGUCACAUGGUCACCAUGAUCCGGGGAGUGAAACUGCGUCGGACCCUGACCAAUGACCGCUCUGCCCCCUUCAUCCUCCUGCCCAACCAUUUCAAAUGAGCCCUUCCCUACCAGUGUAGGUUGUCAUCGUUUUGUUUUACGGUUCUCGCUUUCCUUUUAGCCCCGUUUUGAUUACAUUUCUCCUUAGAAAAUAAAGGGUGUUGCCUUUUUGGGCGUUUUGUCUCGGUCAAGGUUUCCCUCUCUCCAAUCAAAUGUCCAGUAGCACUGUGUUUUAAACAGAUUGUUAUGAUAUCCCUCAGAGGGACUCGUAGGUGAAUGCAGCCUCUUUAUCGCUCUGUAAUUUAAGAUUUUUAUACAUACUGUACAAGGAUACGUGUUGGCUAUAUAUACAAGAAUUUGAGUGCAUAAAUGAUAAGUCUUAUGUUUAUAUAUUGUUGAGGGGGAAAAAAUGCCUUGCUUGCUUAUUAGUCUUAUCACCUGUAUGGUUGGAACCAAUAAAAACCCACACAUAUGUAUAUAUUAGCGUGAUAUGCGGAAAUCUUUAUUGUAUUUUUUAUUAUUAUCCGUGUCAAUGACAAAGACUGAAACAGUGGAUGUGUAAUGAAUGAUCCCCUAGAGGAAAUUAAAGACACAUAACUAGACCUAUAUACCUAUCUAGUCUGCAUCUCAUUCAAGAUGUGAUCAAGUGAGCUCAAUCCCUCUCCAUAUAGUGUAGGGCCACAGUGGCUUUAAAUGCUUCGAGCUCACUUUGCUAUUUUCCAACACACAUACUUCACCUUUGUGGCGAAGGUGACAGGCUUCUCGUGAUGGAGGUUGACUGUACCAGUGUUUGAGCCAAGGGUCAACAAAAGGCUUUGUGGGGCUUUUGAUAGCAGGGGUCAGGACCACUGUACUGUAACCUUGAGCUGGAUAGUAAAGCCACCAUUGUGUGGGGGGGCAAGGAGGACUGCAACGCUCUUAAUCCCUGCUCUCAUGUACGUCUUAAGACUUUCUUCACAUUGCCAAGCACAUUGAUUUAGUGAUGUAUGUGGGGUCAUUUUUCAACUGAUCGCCCUGUUCCCCAUAAGUGAUAGAUAUCCUCCCUCUAUCAAGUCUUCCUUCCUGAGGUUGGAGUUCUGGUUAAUGGUCAAGUUUUUUUUUAUGCAUUAUUUCAGGGAAAUCGUCUCUUUUUAUUAUGAACAUAUGGUGCUAUUGUGACAUACCAAUCCCAGCCUGCACUGCCGCCUCUCCCCCGGACUUACUGCACAUACACAUGAUGCACUCACUGGCCAUAUUAGGGACAGUUAAGAACAAAUUCUUAUUUACAAUGACAGCCUACCCCGGCUAAACCCUCACCCGGACCACACUGGGCCAGUUGUGCACCGCCCUAUGGGACUCCCAAUCACGGCCGGUUGUGAUACAUCCUGGAAUCAAACCAGGGUCUGUAGUGACAUCUCUUGCACUGAUGUAGUGCCUUAGACGGCUGCGCCACUCGUGAGCCCUGUUAAUCACAGCAUUUGGGGGGGGGGGGGGGGGGGGUUGUGAAAUAAUUUGAUAAAAGACAAAUGAGUGAAAUGCCAUUGUAUUUAGAAUUUGUUUACCAUUGUCUUUUUCUUAACUGAACCACUUUAAAUGUAUGGAGCUUUGGGAGCUUUGGGCCUUCUAGCCAUUACACAUAGCUACUCGUUCUUAAAAAUAUCCCCUUAAUCGUACUGUAUAGAGAGGGCGAUGAAACCACAGAAGCUACUGUAUAAUAGCGACGACUCCGCUAAGUGCAUAUCCCUCUUCCCCAAUAUUAAACGGGACUCCGCACCCAGCUGGACUGGGUUAUUCUCUCCUCUGUCUCACAUUCCCUCCCAGUUUGUGUAGGAGGCCCAUUUACCUGACACCACGCAUCGAAUGACCCCAUUGGCCGGUUUAGCCAUUGUGCGCACUCCCACCUCUUCUCUGGCCUCUUCAUGUUGCCGGGGGUAACCCCCGUCUCCCAGAGAAACUACAAUGGCCUCUAAUCGAGGACUUUGUUACAGGAUAGGCUUAUACAACAACACAACUCCUGACUCGAGCAAAUUUAAAGCAAUAUCAGACUACAUUUGAGCCACAGCUUUUAAGUUCAAGGUUCCAAAUGGUAAUUACAGUACAGCGUGCAUAUCUCCCUAACCCCAAAGUAGGUCUGGCAUAGUCAAAUUAUGGGGCAGCUGAGCUGACUGUUCCCUUUCUCCGUUGGGUUAAUUAUAUGUAAUCCGAUAAGGUUUGUGUUCCACUAGAAGAACUCAGAUUUAUUUUGUUUGAGUGAAAUAAAUUAUCCAAAUUAUGUUUAUAUAGACUACGGAGAUUAAAUUAAGUUCUAAGACACUGCUACAGUCCCACUCCAAACCCUGCCAAUCAUCAAGAGUGAAGGGCAGAAUCCUGUUCUAAAAAGCAGUUUCCAAUUCCUUUCUUUGACCUUGGCUUGGUCCCAAAUGGCACCCUAUUCCCUAUUUGGUGCACUACUAUGGGCCCUGGUCAAAACUAGUGCACUAUAUCGGGAGUAGGGUUCCAUUUGGGACAUAGUCUGCAGACUGUUGGCCACUCACCGGCAGUGUGUGAUUGUGUGUGAGAGACUGAGACUUGGUGAGUGUUGACUAGAAGCUUUGACCCCCAAAACUGUCCCAUAGAGCUCCAACUGACCAACCCUCCUCCUGGUUCUGUAAAGGGAGUUGAUCUCUUAUUGUAAAAGCGUUCAAUGUAAAUUGCUAAGUGUCACAAUUGCAUCUGUGUAGUGACGCUGAAGCCUUAAAUUAAAAUAAAUGUGGGUUUUAAAAUAUAAA